UAUCACUCGCGCAUUUUUAGGUGCGCCGAGAAUAAAUGAUUAACGGUCUCGUCUUGGCGGGGCCGUUGACCACUUAAAUCACCUGAUAUUCCUCCUUCUCUAGCACCAUUUUCAUGUUGAUGCCAACUCCUUUUAAGAAACUGUAUCCCCAAUUCAUACCAUUACCUAGGAGGCGCAAAGCGGUUUCUUUAAAAAAAAAUAAAAAAAUUCAUGAGUUUUGGUUCUGAAUAGGGACAAAAAUACCAGCGGAGUCUAAGCCCAAAAGAGCCAGCCAUAUAGGCCACUGUCUAGAGUCUUCAGUCUUUAAACAUCUAGAGGAGGCUUCAGUAGAAGUUCUAGUCCUUUAAAAUAUCCUCAUCAUGGCGUUUCAACCCACUCCCAUGGACAUCCCGGCAAUCAUUUCCGUUGCGCCAGGCAGCGGGGGGCCGGCGGGAGAUACACCAUCAUUCGCCUCAGAACGUCGCAUAACUCCGACGUGGACGGUGUCACAGUUGAAAGCUAAACUGGAGACUAUGACCGGAAUUCCGCCAUCCAACCAGAGACUUAAGUUGAAAUCCCCUGGUAGAGAAGACCAGUGGGUCGAGGGAGAAGAUCGAGUCGUUGGCGACUGGGGUCUGGGUAGGGGAUGCGAGUUUGAGGUCCACGACACUCGACCCCCAUCCGCGCGCCCAAAUUUCACCGAUCUCUCCUCAGUAGAAAAAUACACACUCCCAACCUCAACCUACGAAUCCCUCCCCAAAAGCGUUCUGUCAUGGAAAAAGAAUCAGAAACUGGGCCGCUUCGACCCAAAGGCGCUCUCCCCUGAACAAAUGCUCAAGCAGCAAGUGGAAAAGGAGCAGCAGGAGAUUAAACAGAGAGGCAUCGAACUUUUAAAGCGGGCCAUUAUCCACCCCUCCACCCCACCCCAUGUCAGGCGCGGGACAAUCCGCUUCAUCGGGCCCGUACCUACCAUUCCUUCUCCGCUAGUCAAAUCGUUAUCAUCAUCAGCAACGGAGGGCAAAGACGCUAAAGAAGAAGAAAAAGAAGAAGAUGAUGAUGAUGAUGAAAUCACAGACACAAUGGUACCGAUCUGGGUCGGCAUUGAACUUGAUGAACCUACUGGCAAAAAUGACGGGUCUGUGGGAGGACAUCGGUAUUUCGACUGUCCGGACAAGAGAGGUGUGUUUGUGAAGCCGGAGAGGGUUGAGGUGGGUGAAUUUCCGCCGUUGGAUUUGGGGUUAGAUGAUGAUGAUUUGGAGGAGAUUUAGGGAUAUGCUUUAAUUUUUUUUAAUUUUUAAUUUUUUUUUUUUUUAUUUUGAGAAUUUUAUGUAGCGAAUCGACAUGUCUAUCUAGCCUAGUCGAUCAGCUAUACCAGGAAUCCAGGGGUUUUUUGCCCAACGGAUGGUAGAGUUGUGAUGGUGGGUAUGUGAAACGAGGUUUAAAAUGAGGAAGAGUGCAGAGUUGACAAGGAAUAAAAUGCCAGAAGAUCCGUUUUUUCGUUCUAAGCUUGGUACACACAAUUCGAGAGGGAACAAGUUCGGCAAGUUUAUUUAACAGGAAGUUAUAACUCAAAACUUUUCCGUAUACCUGUAGCUAAAAAGGAUUGAGUAUAUAUCAAAGAUAUUCAGAUACCAUAAGAAAUAGUUCACCGCGUGGUGCACGCAGAUAAAUCCAUAUCAUCUGCUUCAUUUAGGCAUGCCGCCACGACCUCCGACAGCUCCAACAGCCUCCAACUGCGCUGCACUGACGUGGACCUUAG